UUCCCUGUUCUUAUUUUUAUGCCACAAUGAUACUUGCCCUCACACUUGCAGACCAGAGAUCUCUGAUUUUGCAAUGCACUAGUAGAGUCAACACAGGCAAACAGCUCCCACCCUCACCAUGAAAAUAGAAGGUGCCUCGGUGGUCCUUGCUCUGGCAUUUUUCUGCUUCUUCACAGAUGUGGCCAGCCAAACUUCGAUUAAGAGUGAGUGCAGGAAAAUUUGGUCCCUUCUGCGCAGCGGGAAGUUUUCCUGUCCAACAAACAAGGAACCUGUCAACAGCCCAGAUGGCAAACCGGACCUCAACAAGUGCAUGAUGUGCCAGAGGCUGCUGGAAAGAGGCUCAAAAAACAAAGGGAGUGGUGGAGAGACGAACAGGAUUGUGAACUCCUUGGGAGAGGAUGAGUGCCGAGAGUUCCGGGACCUCUUCAGGAGAGGAAAACUUUCCUGCACCAGAGAAAACGACCCCGUCCGGGAUUCCUCUGGGAAGCAACACAGCAAUAAGUGCAUCAUGUGUGCAGAGAAGUUCAAAAGGGAGAAUGAGCGGAAGUUGGCUAAAAACAGACAAGGAAUAAAUAAGGAUGACUGCAGUGAGUAUCGCUCCGAGUUUGAAGCUGGUGGAAGAUUGUCCUGCACAAGGGAAAAUGACCCUGUUCGGGACUCCUCUGGCAAGCAGCACACCAACAAAUGUCUCAUGUGCGCUGAGAAGUUCAAAAAAGAAGCCCAAAGGGGAGGCCAGUCUGGUGGAACUGCCCAGCGCAACCAGCAGUCUGCUUCAGAUCGUACAAAACAGAAGUAAUGGAGUUCAGACUGCCAAUAAACACCAGGGAUCAGCCAUGACCAAAGGGCAAGUAAAGGAAGAGUUGAUGUCAAGCAUCAUGGGAGUUGCCGAGUCCCCAGGACUGCCAGAGCUGCUUCAUCCCCUUCUGCAGUGAACAGGGCCUCUCCUUGCUCAGGUGGAGGGCAAAGGGCUGUGGGGACCCAGAGGUCUCUUCCCAGGUCUGCCCUGUACGUGCCAUUGCGGUCUCUGCCGCCUCGCUGUGUCUUAAUGUGCUUCUACA